CCCUGACUCUGACAGCCAUGAUACCCUUCCUGCUGUACCAGACUGGCAUGUUCUGCGUCUUCGGGCAGUUGGUAACCGACCAGAGCGAGGAACUGCUAAUCUCUGCAUUCAGAUGCGGAUGGAACGAGAGUGACGCCCGUUUUAGACGCAGCCUGCUGAUAUUCAUGGCGAUGGUGAAUCGACCUCUGGAGAUCACUGUUGGAAAAACCUGCAAACUCUCCAGAGAGAUGUUCCUGCGGGUCGGUGCUGAACGGAUCAUACACAUUGUUCAACAUGUUUUAUCAAGUUCAUAGUACUUCGUGAAAUAUUGGCACUGGCUUUGUUCUAGAAGGAGUCAACUCUUCAGUUCAUAAUUCAGUAAACCACUGCAAUCCCACGACACACCACGACUAUAAAUUCGUGGUAGUUAGAA